CGGUAGCGUAUUAUUUUUGUUUUACUUCUUUUGGAUAUUUUUUUUUAUCGUUCAUUUAAUUUGUUUUGUUUGUAUUCAUCAUAGAUAAAUAGCAAAGGUCGCUGCUGCUGAUGAGAAAAAACAACGUGUUGAAAGUCUUUGGAGAAGAACCGCACGGGCUCAGGAAACGAGGCUCUCCAUCAGAACUUUUGUUGUGUCGUUAAACCCAGUCGCGAUUUAAAAAAGAAUGUCGUUCGCCUAUUCGGAUUAUCUGGCCGCUGAGUGUCUGGUGUCGAUAUCCAGCGGUCCCGUCCUCCAUCGACCCACCCCGGUGUCUGGUGCGGCUCAGGCCCCUCCUCGGGGCCUUCCUGCCGGGGAGCCAGACGGGUCGAGCGAGGACAGGGAGGUGCGGGAGACGCUCCUGUUAGAGGGGGCCAAUAUGAUGACGGUGGCGGAGAUCCUCACCGACCUGCACGGCAAGUUUCGUCCCAUGUCGGCCUACUCCGAAAGCAGCAACUCGUCAUGCGGAGAGAGCGGCUACACCACGUUGUCUGACUCCACCACCCCGACGCCGACCAUGACCCCCUCUGCCACCCCUGUCCCGGGACAGUACAAUAACACUCAGCAGUUUUGGGGAGGAGGAGGCGCACCCCGGUCCCCCACCAAGCGUCACCCCUGUACUUUCGACGGGUGUGACAGGGUAUAUGGCAAAUCAUCCCACCUGAAAGCGCACAUCAGGACCCACACAGGUGAGAGGCCCUUUCCUUGCACCUGGCCCGACUGCGAAAAGAAGUUCGCCCGUUCCGACGAGUUGGCCCGACACCUGCGCACCCACACAGGCGAGAAGCGCUUCCUGUGCCCACUCUGCGACAAGCGCUUCAUGCGCAGCGACCACCUCAUCAAGCACGCCCGCCGGCACCCCAACUUCCACCCCUCCAUGAUCAACCGCAAGGGUUCGGCUCAGGGAUCCGCUUCAACCCAGCCCACCGCCGCCGCCUCCUCAGAGUACGCCAGCACUGCCAUGUAGACCCCUGCCUUCUGCACUGUGACCACCGUCUCUAAGACACUGCAGCUUACUCGAUCGCCGUGCAUGCUGGGAUCCUUUUAAGCUCAGUCCUCACUUCCACAGGCCAAAAAUGAAGAACUUCACCACGUCUUCCUCCGAACCCCUUCGCCCAACCAGUGACGACCCAAACGGGCGAAGGAGACACAAACGCUCAAGCACAUUCCCAAGUCACGUGAUUAAACGAUCACAUGACCGACAAGUGAUGGCGAACGCAGCAUUGGUCUUAAAUGGCUUGCUUUGGGUGUUCUAGAUUCAUCUGAAAUGCCGUAAUGGCCUUUUUUUUGGUGCAUGCAGACAAAAUUGCUACCAGCAGCAGCACAACGUUUUCCGUCGGCCAUCGUUGUCGUUUCACUUGUCAGCCAUGUUUUUGAAACUUCCUAAAGGAUACGUCACAGUUUAAGGGAAAGUUUACUCGUUCUUUGGUCUUUUUUACAGUCCCAUCUACCGUCGAAAAUUUCGCACAACCUUGUUUGUCAUGUCUUUUUGUAUAGCCAGAACGGCAAACCCUCUCUGGUUUUUGUUGUCCACACACAUGCUGUACGACGCAAUAACCAGGUUCAGUUGCAGAAUUAUCACAAAGUAUUUGUGUGUUACUCAUGAAUCAGUCACGCAUAACACGUGCAGUGACUUUAUGCAUUCUUAAACCUCCUUGGCUUUGCGAAAACCUUGAAGUUGCGAUGUCAAGUUUAUCCAUUCCUUAAACGAAUUCUAUUCUUGACCACCUUUGAAACCAAACAACGUUAUCGAUUGAAACCGAAACGGCCAGUGAGUUUCUUCCGGGUUGAAACACUGCCUGCCCUGCAACGCCGCAUUUCCACAUAGCUUUCCCUACUGAAAAUUGUAAUAAGUUAUUGUCAUCUUAAUUUCCUUUUGUUUUCUAUUAGUAGUAUAAGCAUGGCAACUGAAAAAGUAGGGGGGGUUUUUAUUGUUAAUUUUAUUAGACCAUGAAUUUAAUAUUAUUAUUAUUAUUUUCCACUUGGAGGAACUCUUUUGUUUGGCCAUGUAAUGUUGAUACAUGUAGCAAUGUGUUUAAUUGUAAUGUGGAUACGUGUAGAUAAAUAUCUAUGCUUGCAGCUUCAAUGGUAAAGAUGUUAUAUGAACUACUAGAAGUAAUACACCUUAUAUUAGGGGUGACAGUACACGCUUGAAUAGAAUAGUGCUGCUUGUGUGCGAAUGUGU